AUGUUGGCUUCAGGCCCAGCCUUUGAAGUUCAAGAUCUCUAUGAGUUCAGGCCUAGGUUCAGUAACUGUCCUUCCUUUUUGGCUGCUGCUUUAGCCAGAGCCACAUCAGAUGAAGUCCUUCAGAGUGAUCUUUCUGCACAUUAUAUCCCAAAGGAAACAGAAGGCACAGAAGGGUCUGUGGAGAUUGAGACAGUGAAAUUGGCCCGUUCUGUCUUCAGCAAACUACACGAGAUUUGCUGCAGCUGGGUGAAAGAGUUCCCUCUCCGCAGGAGACCCCAGCUUUAUUAUGAGACAUCAAUCCAUGCCAUCAAAAACAUGCGCAGGAAAAUGGAGGACAAACAUGUCUGCAUUCCUGACUUUAACAUGCUCUUCAACCUAGAGGACCAGGAAGAACAAGCUUACUUUGCAGUGUUUGAUGGCCAUGGGGGAGUAGAUGCUGCCAUCUAUGCCUCCAUUCACCUACAUGUUAACUUAGUACGGCAGGAGAUGUUUCCCCAUGAUCCUGCUGAGGCUCUGUGCCGGGCCUUCCGGGUCACUGAUGAGCGGUUUGUACAGAAGGCAGCCAGAGAGAGCUUAAGAUGUGGGACCACAGGAGUGGUGACUUUUAUCAGAGGCAACAUGCUACAUGUGGCUUGGGUGGGCGAUUCCCAGGUUAUGCUUGUGAGAAAGGGCCAAGCUGUUGAACUAAUGAAACCACACAAACCAGACAGAGAGGAUGAAAAGCAGCGAAUUGAGGCCCUUGGAGGUUGUGUAGUCUGGUUUGGUGCCUGGAGAGUAAAUGGAAGUCUAUCAGUCUCCAGAGCUAUAGGUAGGAAAAACAUUAAUUUUGUUUCUCUGUUGUCUUAAAUUUGAUAUGAGGGAGCCUGAG